UCGAUGGCUUAUCUCUAGAUAAUAUCCCAACCGGUGCCGAAAUAAGAGGUCAUUCUCAGUUAAAUGGUAAUUCAGUGACAUUUUGGUGGAUGGAUAAAGUUUUAUCGUCCACGUUUCAUGUCGUUUUUCCGUUGGAUAGUGCCUAUAAAUACCCUUUCAUAAAUCCAAAAUGCAAACAUAAAAUUAAUGGCCAUGGUUAUAUUGUGAAAAUGUAUGAUACUGUCAUUUUUAAAUAUUAUGGCAGGGGUGAUUCUUUAUCUUGUUGCCUUUAUUUUCCUAUGAGUGCGAUCCUUGAUGAUGGUGUGAGCAAAUCGUUACCUAAAUCAGCAAAUUAG